UUCGGAUCACGAUCAACCCAUAAGGAAACGAAACAGCAGAGCUUUCUCUCUCCUCUCCUCGUCAUCGUCCCAAACCACCACCACCAGUCCACCUCUCUCUCUCUCUCUCUCUCCAAGCAAUGCAAGAAGGCGAUUACAGCUCCGUCUCAUACUACCAAUACCCACAAAACCCAAACCCUAACCCAACCCCCAACUACAAUCCCACCCCCCCAAAUCACCCAACCCCUCCGCCGCCCACCUACGCCUCCGCACCUCCCUUCGCCACCACCACCUACUCAGCCUCCGAUUACCCUCCUUACCCCUCCACUUACCCCCCUUACCCUCAAAAUCCCGAUCCUGUCCCCACCCCUCCCACAGCCCCUUCAUACAACCCAACCCCAAUUAUCCCAAACCCUAACCCUAACCCUAACCCUAACCCUAAUUUGCACUCAUUCACUCCCUCCCCCGUUCAACCCACCCCUCCUUUCCCACCGUACGAUCAACAUGCCCCGUACCAACAGCAACCACCGUAUUAUCCACCGUACGAUCAGCAUCAGACGGCUCCCAAUUACGCUUCUUCGUUCCCCACGAACCCUAACCCUAGCCCGUACGCUCAUCUCAGCUCUUCAAUUGCAUCGGUAAAUGACAAGUCGUACGAGAAUAACUCGAAAUUCGAUGGGGUAGGGGGAUACUUUGAUGAACCUUCAAGUAGGUACGGUGGCGGUGCUGCUGCUGCUGGUUAUGGUCGUAGCCAGUCUGAUUUGGGCCGGCUCGAUUUGGGACGGCUCGAUUUGGGGCCGGAUUUAUAUGGCAAGCGACCGGAGAGUGGGUAUGGGGAUAAGGAUGGUGGGUAUGGGUAUGGUGAUGGGGUGUAUGCUUAUCAAGGGAAUAACAAGGUGGAGCCGUAUGGUGCUCGGGGCACUGGACCAAAGUCGUCGACUUGGUCGGGGUUCGAUGAUUUCGGAAGGCCGGUUAGUUUCCCAUCUGGGAAAGAUCAUCGAUCGAGUCCGGCCAAGGUUGUGAGGGCAGUGCCCAAGGCUGAUACCCAGCAAGAUGCGAAGAGUGGAGUGCAGAAGUUUAGGGUUAAGCUCUUGGCUGAAAGCGGGGGCCAGAGUACCAUGGAUGUUCUUUGCCAGAUUGGUUUAGAUGGUAUUCGUAUGCUUGAUCCCAGUACCAGUCGGACAUUGAGAAUAUAUCCUCUUGAACAAGUAACCAGAUUUGAGGUCUUUGAUCCAUCUACCUUUGCAUUUUGGUCCAAAAGUUCCGUGGAUAUUGAACCACGACGCAUCCGUCUGCAAUCGAACAGUUAUACCACCAGCACUAUUCUGGACAUAGUUACAGCUGCUACUGUGCAGCUUAAAGAGAUUGGUGGAAGAAGCAAGCCUUCUGAUUCUUUGAAGUCAAUCGAACAGCCUGCUGAGAAGAAGAAAGGUUUGGCGGACUGGAUGAAUCUGAUGAAGCCAGGAAGUGAGGAGAAAGAUCAUUGGGUUCCUGAUGAAGCAGUCGCCAAAUGUACAGCUUGUGUGGCCGAUUUUAAUGCUUUUGUGCGCAGGCAUCACUGCAGAAAUUGUGGAGAUAUAUUUUGUGACAAAUGUACCCAUGGAAGAAUCGCUCUUACAGCUGAGGAGAAUGCUCAGCCAGUUCGAGUUUGUGAUCGAUGCAUGGCGGAAGUUACUCAAAGAUUGAGUAAUGCUAAGGAAGCAGCCAGCAAAUCAGUGGGUUUGCAAAGUCAUGAGGAUCUUGCUAAGAAGCUUCAGGAAGAGAUGGAGAGGAAUCGCAAGCCGUCAUCAGGCUUCAGGUCAGAUGGAAGUUCUGGUAGGCGGAUGAAAGAAGUUGCAUGUCCUACUUGCACAGUCCAUUUGCAGGUUCAAGUUCCUAGCUCGGGUUCCGAAACCAUAGAGUGUGGCGUUUGCCAGCAUCCAUUCCUUGUAACUGCCAACUAACAUCACAAACGAUGAUCGAUGGUGGCGUUGUAUUAUUUCUCCUUAAAUUUGUUUCCUGAUUUGUUUUACAGUCUGUGGUUCUCUUGAACCAUAAUAAGAGUGUAAUUAGCAUGUGAUUAUCGCUUAGUUUAUGAUAUUCUGUUGGUUUAAUUGCAACUGUUGAUCGCUUGAUGUCUGCUGAUCUUGCUUUACUGACAUGUAAAUGAGAGUUUCUGCUGUUACUGGUGAUGCCUUUCUCUGUAUGUAAAUGCGACUAUUUGCUGAAUAUCAGAUGUUUAUUUGUAAUGAAACUUCGUAGUGGAUUUCGUUUUC